AUGAAUCAAGAUAUAACACAACCCAUAGAGCCAUUUCUCAAGAACCUUUUAUCGUCGUUGGAUGCCCAAUAUAACUCGCCAGGUCAAUCAUUCACCAAUGUUGAAUCAUAUGCUACUCAGUUUGGAUCCACUCUCAAACGAGAGGCGGCUAUAAUCGUUAAUGGUACUCCUAUUGUACCAUCACAGAUGGAAGAUGCCAAGCUACAGUUUCAAAAGAAAUGGUUGAGUAUGCCCAAUUCUUCCCAUCAAUUGACAAGUUUUGAUUGUCAUUUGAUACCAGGAACCAAUACAUUCAUCAUCAAUUUUUCAGCAAGAGUUAAAUUUGACCAGAGCGGGAAGAAUAGACUAGGCGAGUCUGCUGACUUGAUACAAGAAAACUCCAUCGCCAAAACAUCAAGACCUAUAUGGGGCUCGUGGUUUGGCGUAAAUGGUAAUCUAGUCAUUGAUAAUAAUCUCAAUGGACAGGAAAUUAUAAAUAGCUUCGAUUAUAGAUUUACAUAUGUCCCAAAGGAUACAACCUUAAUAGUAUGA